AUGUACGUCCAUCCCGACGUUGAACAUGCAUUCAACAACCUUCCUCGAGAGGAGUUCUUCCUUGAUCAGAACUCUCCUCAGGACUAUCAGAGCGGCUUGCGCUAUAUAGACACACUAGAGCGUCGUCGUAUAGCCGCCCUUGCAAAACCACUCUGGGAGACGUUGCCUCACGUGCUGGAUACCAAAGCUAUCUGGCAGUUAUCGUGCUCGAACGAGGACGACCGACAUCCGGAAAUGGCGUACCGGUUCCAAACAUUUAACAGGAACCAGUUACUCAUCGCGCAGCCGGAUGAUGUAUCCAUCAUACUGCAGAAAUCUCUCAGAGCCAAGGUCGACACUCAUUCGCAGGUGUACAAGGCCGUAAUGACCGUCAGAAAGAGCGCACCUCGUAAUGUCUGUGUCAAGAUAUUUCAGCAGAGCCUAUGCAAACUACCCGAUCCGGAAUACUUCGACGAGGACGCUGCAUGGCCUGCCCUCUGGCGCUCUGCCCGGCAGGAUGCCGCCGUAGAGGCUUGGGCAUACCGUAAGCUGGUAUCUUUGCAAGGGGCGUGGAUACCUCAUUCGCUCGGUUUCUACAAGAUCCGUAUGCCCGGUGGCGAAGUGGCAGUCGCACAUGUUCUCGAAUACCUGGAUGGAAUGGUCAUGUCGAAUCUCACGGGAGACAUUGUUGCUCAACGCCUGGGUCCUAACUACGGCAUCUUUGACAUGGCUACUGUCCUCGAGGAGAGACUCUACCACAUGCAGUCGCUUGGAGUCAUGCAUGGCGACCUCCUCCCUCGUAAUCUUAUGCUGUUGAGGCAGAGCCCCAAUCAAGAUCCUUGGUCAGCCCUAUUGAUACUGGAUUUCGACUGCGCUCGGGCCACCGAGUGCUACGAUUCAAAUUGUGAUAUAGUUCACCCUUUGAUGCUCCUCCAGCAUCUUGGAGCUUCGGCGGAUGUAAUCGAGCGGUGGUUCAGACAGCACGCUUCUUCAAACCCCCCUCCGAAAUGGAUACCGUUGUUUGGGAACGAGAAGUACGACGAUGCCCAUUUUAGGUUCUGGCGCAGCAAUGCGCACCGGGACGAGCACCGGCGAGGACUUCGCGAGAAAAAGGACGUGAAGAGGGUGGCGGACAUGUAG